UGCCAAAUUAAGUCUAUAAAUUCAUGCAUGAAUAGUACUGUGAUUGAGAGACAACCAAUUACAGUUAGUAAUGGCAUUAAUUAGUUCUUCAAAGGCAACAACUAUAUUUCUAAUGCUUAAUGUCUUAUUUUUCACGUGUUUAGUGCCGCAAGUAUCCGUUACGUCCUCGGCAGAGCCCUUGGUUGCCUCCCUCGACCCUAAGGAAACGGGAAGGUGCUCUAAAGAUACCCUUGAGUUUGGGGUUUGCGGGAGCUGGUUGGGACUGGUUCAUGAGGUUGUUGGGACCAAACCCAGUGACGAAUGUUGUAGAUUGAUUGCAGGUGUGGCAGAUCUUGAAGCAGCAGUCUGUUUAUGCACUGCCAUUAAGGCUAAUGUGUUGGGAGUUAUCAACCUCAAAAUACCUGUUGCCCUUACUUUGCUUGUCAAUGCAUGUGGUAAGAAGGUUCCGCAAGGAUUUUUAUGUUCUUAAAACUCAGUAAUCUCUCUCUUAAUUACUUUCUAUCCUUUACCCCUCCUACCCAUAUCCCCAAAGUAAAUGGAUAGUAAUCCUGACUUCUAUGUAUAAUUAUGACUUGAUUUAUUACUUAAGUUAGUAGACUAA